GAACGUACGUGGACUGUGCUUCUGAACCUUGUCAAUUCACGAGGUGUUUUGUCUUUACGUUAGGAAAAGGGAUAUAAAUAUUCUAUCAAAAUGGAGACAAGCAACAGUGAUGACAACGAAACGAGGAAAGAAGCGCUUUUCUUCGGCAACAGACUGAGCACGAUUAUGCUAUUGAACGCUCUCUUCAGACAUGGGCGUCGGGAUCUCCCUUUUAAUGUUAUCCCGGACAGAACUGCGCAGGAGUGCAGUUCCGAGAUGGACUCUGUGCUUAAACUGACCAAGGAUCUUGCUGAAAACAAACCCUCGUUAGUCGACUGGCUGCACAGUGGUUUAUUCCAACAAGACGAGUACAAUGUACCUCUAGCCUUGUUCCUCAUCGCAUUGUACGAGCAACGUCUGCAGCCCGACCAGAAAGAUGAUAUCGAAUGUGACUUUAGAGAAUUAUACCAGUUCCUUCACAAAGUGACGACAAAUCAGCCGGCACCUCAUCUUUCGAGUGAUUCCGCUAAUGUCUUGCACAGAUUAUUAUCAGAAGUAAUGGAGGAGGUGUGGCCAAGCAUGCAAUCGAAGCUUCUCAAUUAUCUAAGUGAAGUACACAUCUACAGCAGAUCGGCAGUGAGGAGAACGUAUUCAGGAAAAAGGAUGACGCACAAGAGAGAGAAGAGAGGGGAAAACUGUUAAGACUUGCAAGCUUUACAACCCCAGGAAGGAUAUCGAAAAAAUAGCCAAACGAGGAUCGAUGGCAAAUCGCGCGGUUUCUUGUCGCCGUUGGUCGCCGUGUCAAUGAUCCGGCGUGAUCUUGUUUCGCCGCGAUAAUACCUUUUUUAACAAUCCAAACGUCAAAUCCAUCGAGCCAACUCCGUGCGAUCGUAGUCGUGUGUCGUCCUCCCAGA